AUGGAUGACACAGAGCGACGCACCGCCAAGCGAUCCCGCUUCGACCAAAAGGAGCCUGAACCUCGAAGAGCCUCCAGAUUCGACCGACGUUCUCGGUCUCCCUCGGCUCGCAAGGACGACUCGGCUCGCGACAGAAGCCCAUUGUCCAGGGACCCAGACACCGGCGCAUCUCCCGUGAAGUCUCCAGUAGACCCAGCAGCUGCCGCAGCUGCCGCCGCGGCCAAGAUCAAUGCUCAACUUCAGGCGCGCAAAGGCAUCCAGCAUGUCGACGUACCUCCAAUCCGUUCCGAAACCUCCUCGGGUAGCAACUCCGGGCCUGCAGCUACCGCUCACCAGAUCAAUGGCGACAUGUACAUCGCGGAUGGAGACUACAUCAAGGACAUCGAAGUCAACGACCUGCGCAACCGAUACCUCUUGACCAAAGGGUCCACACAGAAAAUGAUUAAAGAUGAAACCGGCGCCGAUGUCACCACCCGAGGAAACUACUAUCCCGACAAGAGCAUGGCUACCGCAGCUAACCCGCCACUUUACCUUCACGUCACCAGCACUUCGAAGGAUGGACUCGAGCAGGCCGUCGCUAAGAUCGAGGAGAUGAUGAAGCAAGAACUCCCUCAGCUUGUUGAUGAGCGACGUUUCCGCCGCCGAGAGCAGGAGCAGGUUGAGCGGGACGAGUUCGGCAGACGGAAAUGGCCCGAGGAGAAGAUACCUAUCGACCUUGAUCCCGUUCCUGGCUUCAACCUCCGUGCACAGGUAGUCGGCCAUGGAGGCGCUUACGUUAAGCACAUCCAACAAGAAACAGGAUGCCGUGUGCAGAUCAAGGGACGUGGCUCUGGAUACAUUGAGAACUCCACUGGGCGUGAGGCCGAGGAAGACAUGUACCUCCACGUCGCGGGUCCCGAUCCCAAGAUGGUUCAGCAAGCGAAAGAGCUCUGCGAGGAUUUGCUGAGCAAUGUCAAGGAGCAGUAUGAGGAAUUUAAGAGCCGACCGCCACGCCAAAGCUACGGUGGUGGUGGUGGUCACUACGGUGGCGACCGCUACAAUGGCGGCGAAAGGCACGGAGGUGGAGACCGGUACGGCGGCGGCGAUCGAUAUGGCGGUGACAGGCAUGGCGACCGGUACGGUGACAGACACGGCAGCAGGGACCACGGAUACAACAACAACAACAACUACAACAACUCCCCAAGAGCCGCGGCUUCGUCUGCUUCGCCGGCCCCGGGUGCUAAUAGCACACCAUCUGCCACCGACUACACGGCGCAGUACGCCCAGUACUACGCCCAGAACCCUGGCGCAGACCCAUACGCUGCCUAUGGUGGCUACGCUGCAUAUGUGCAGUACUACCAGCAGUACAUGGCCGCGGCGCAAGCCCAACAGCAGCAGGGCCCUGGUGCGCCCGGUGCACCAGGUGCAGCGGCAUCCCCACCACCUCCUCCACCCGACAACCAGCCCCCUCCGCCACCUCCACCAUCCAAUCCCGCACCGCCCCCUCCACCCUCGGGUUCUCCCCCGGGAGCGCCUGGCUACAACGCAAUGCCCCCUCCACCUGGGCUGUAG